CUUGACCAUAUACCUGCCAUUACCCAAUACAAUAAAGUGCGAGCCCAGAAUGCAAUAUGGGCCGGCCCUUCAGACAAAUGUCCCUGCGAACAACGCUACCGUGGAAAGCCGAAUUCAAGCGCAUUGGUAUUCCUGGGAUCUUUCUGAUUCCUAGGGGUCCUCGAAGAUGGCCUCAGGCGUCAUCGGCUCAACUGUCGCUCUCUCGUCAAUGGAUGCACGCAGCUUCCGAUGCCACCCAAGACAGGCUCGACGAGGGUAUCGCAUCGCAUCGCGAGACGAAGUCAGAGAGUACGGUCGAACAAGAAAGUCACGACGCCCCUGCCCAGGGGACAGGCAAGCAACCGGAAGUUGAUGCCGCCGGCCCCCCCAAAGAACGAUGGACCAGCAAGGAAGAAGCCAAGGAUAUCGAUCGGGCCUUCGAGACAGGAGCAAACGAGCUACAGCUGUCAGUGUUGACAGAGAAUCGGACAAUAUCGACAACACAUGGUCAACGUUCGGCCGGCGACACACAUUCGUCCACACCUGCGACUACGUAUACCCCCACCGAAGACAUGCAGCAGCCUCUACGAUUCAGAAAAAUCCAUAACGUUACUCGCCCCAAGAAGCAUGGUUCCCAAAGACAGGAAAGAGAGGAAGUACAGUCGGAGAAUGUCAACAGCACAGUGGCACCCAUACAAUACGAUUCCGUGCUAGUUGCGCCUCCUCUACAAUACAACUCCCGCCGACAGAUGGAUAUGAGUUUGGGGCGAGCCUUUGAUGGCGUGAAAAGACAGUUGCGGCUCCAGUCCAUCCAUCAAAUAAAGAACCGACCCGUCAUCAACUGGCGUGAUACUUUGGACAUUCUCCGACUGCGGACCCGGCCGAUCAGGGGCCCAUGGCAGAUUCAUGCGCGCAAAAUCUUAGUUGAGCCAGCGCUUGGGAACAAGUUGCUAUACGAAGUAGACAACACUAUUUGGGACAUACACGAGCAGACACGUUGUCAUAUCGAGCUUCAUUGGCCAAAGAACGACAACGGAAGACGGCAAACCCAUGGGAUUUACCUGCUACUCUCAGGAGACGAGGAGGCGUUAGAGCAUGCGGCCGAAGAGAUCUCCCGAAUUGCUAUUCGAAAUAGCUGCAGGAUAAGCAUAGAAGGAGCCAUUGGCAGCCAAUCCAUCGACAGCCAGGCCUCUUCGGCUAAGCCCGAAAAGCCGGCAUCGUCUACGGAAGAGAUAGUGUGGAAGAGCUCCGUGGGAAAGCAGCGUCCGGGCUAUGUUCAUUAUUAUGAGUAUUCUGAGCCUUACCAUAAGAUUCCGAAGCCUAAAGAUUGGACUCCUGGGACGUUUCUGGCCUAUAUCACCGCUAUCACGAACGCAAAACUCCCUGAUCGCCUCGCGUCCAAGUUUUACGGCUCGGGCACCACAGCAACCAAAGCAGCAAUAGCUCUCCUCAAAGCGGCCUUCGCUGACCAAACUGCGAGCAAGGCGCACUCGAGGCGUGCAUUCAAGCAGGCGUUGCGCUUCAUUGAGUCCCACGGCCAUUCGUAUCGCCAUGAUGCCCGCGAGUUGUUUUUCGAUAAGAAAUUGAAACUAACCUUGCCACCGGUUGACACUGGCACCUUCAAUACCCUUCUGGUCGGAAAUGUCAAGGUCAAGGACCUAUACAACUUUGACUCUAUCCUGAAGUUGAUGGUUCACCACGGCUGCCUGCCGAACGCUCAGACCUGGUUGCUGUUUCUCCAGCUCGUGGAGAGUGAAAAAGUCCGCCGCCAUGUGAUUCAGCUCAUGCAUUCACUCGGUCUGCUCCUGGAUCCAAUCACCGUUAAACUCAUUGCAAAGGAACUGGUUGCUUAUGACACCCGCCAUGUCCGAAAUAAAUGGCCCGGCCUGCGGGAGUUUCUCGAAAGCCAGGACGCCAAGUAUGGCAAAUAUUGGGUCUCAAAACCCGCCAUGGACAGCAUCAUGGUCGAGCUCGCACGCCUGAACGACUUUACCUCCUGUCUAGAUCUCUUCGACAUCAUGGCCGAAAUGUCCAUGACCCCCACCACCGUAACACUUAACAUGGUUCUGCAACAUGCGCGGUGGCAGAAGAACUUGACUGUCACCCUGGCCUUCCUCCGCAAGGCAUCCAUGCUCAAAAUCGGGUACGACGAGAACACGUACCAUGAGCUGUUCACUUUGGCGUUUAGGAUGCGCAGGCCCAACGCCAUGGGUAUCAUAUGGCGUUACGCCUGCGUGGAAGGCAAGACCACCUGGCACAUGCGUAAUCACGUUACCCGUAUGAUGAUACAGAGCCAAAUGGGGUUCAAAAUCAAUACGGAUGGCAAACCGACAGUCGCAAAUUUUCUGGCAUUGCCUACUUUUUGUCCACAAGACAUGAAACUGUCAGGAAUCAAACGUGCUGGCUUUGAGAUUGCUAGGCUUAUGCACAAACAGUUCAAGGAGUGGCGUCCUGAUGAGCCCCUCCACGAGGUCCUGGACGCAGUGUGGGGGGACGACAGCCGAAUCCUCCGGGCGGUCAAGCAAGUCAAGCAGCAGGGCGAGUUGUCGCACGAGAUUACUGUGCCUGGCAAGCCGAUAUCCCUUCGACCGAGGCUUCGGAUGCGGGGCACCGAUCCUCCACAAUGUCCACGUCUUGAUAUGAUCAUCAAGUAUGUCGCUCCUGUCGACAGCGACAAGAGCGCUUUUCCCGACGAGCAGACCCCCGAGACCACCGUCGCUGAUCUUGAGAAGAACAUCGGCCCUUGAAAGCGUCGAGCUUUGCGUAGAAAAAGCACACUCCUUGCGCCAUACAAGUAGCAAGGCCAUGGCCAUUAUGUAUAAAGAGGCCUCCUGUACAACACCGCACACAUGUUCGCUAGAUAACACCUAUAGAACCUGUAUUAAACCCCAAAUUUCCGAUGGAAUGAAUCACUUUAGACAACUCUUUAUUUCCCAUUAACCAUAUAUAUAUAUAUAUAUAUGG